GACGGCGGGUGAAGUUCAGUACCGAACAGAGCCGUGGAACUGUGUACAGCUAGUCGAUGGUUAUGUACCAGCAGGACCCCUGUUUGAUAUCAAAUGUCCACAAGGCACUCUGUCACAGUUACACUUCCCACACUGCGAGGUGUUUUCUGGGAAAGGACGCAAACACUUAUCCGUAAUCCACAUCAGUGACUCUGAUGAAUCUGAAAUACUUGAUCCUUAUGAGACAACAGACUCCUAUGUGGUUAUAAAUAUCAGGGGAUGCUCUAAAUAUGCUGCGACAAAGAAACAGCCCAAGAAGAAAUACUCCCCUAUCCACGGACUUGUGUUGCUGUUCCUUCACCAGUCUACACUGAAUGUUUUACUGUUGCCGAAAAAUGUUGAUAUCGCUGAGGUUUGUGAGAAGAGAAAGAAAAUGAAGGAGCCUGGGGAAGAGAUGUACAUUGAGACGACUCCAAACUGUAAACUUAUCCCGGAAACAACGUACUGCCUCUCAUCUGAUCCAGAUGGGGAACAUGAAGUGACUCCUUUGAGUGCUGAGUUUGUUGACUAUGAGAACUAUACAAACUACUGUCCAACAUUCCAAGUGUUAUUAUCCAAGCUUGCCCAGGUGAAGUUGAAUCUGACAGAAAAAAGCACAAAUGAGUCUGUGUGGUGUAUUGUGAUUCCAGCCAACCAGAUAGGUGGAAGUCCAUCAACGUCGUCUUCUCCCUCAAGUCCCUACACCCCGCCAGGUCAGGACUUCUUCCACAGACAUAAAGCAGAACUGGAGUCUCGUCUAGGGCUCCUGAGGCCCAUCCUCUCUGGGCUGGAGAAAUGUAGAGUUCUUAACCCCCAGGAGAGAGAGGAGGUGGAGAACAAGGACGGAUCCAUGCGGAACCGCACUCUGUUGCUCAUGCUGGAGAAGAAAGGAGGUCCAGCACAGGAGGAGUUCUACAGGGUUCUACUGGAAUGUGAUGAGUACCUGGUGAAAUACCUCAUGAUUAUGGGACAUCUGAACAUCCUAGUUUGUCGAGGAGGGACUUAAACAAAUCUACACAAGAGGAAGUAGCAUAUUGAUGAUGCUAUUGGUGUACACGUACAGACUCUUUCUUUUAACUGUUACAGCCAGGCUACACCAGGUGCACACAGUGUUUCUAUCCAAGGAGCGUAUGCUUAAAAAAUUAGAUUCCACUAUAAAUAAUGGAACUGGCUACACUAGAUGCAUGAGUGCUACGCACCUACAAGAAAUUAGACCCGUUUUCUAAAACUUUCUGUACACUCCGUGGAUGGAACAAUGGAACAAAUGACCUGGAGCGGAACAGAUGUGUUGACUUGCUCUGUUCAUCCGACAAAUAAGUUGUUAAAAUAAUGGGCUGUCAAUAAUAACAUUUGUAAUCUUUUGGACUUUGUCUUCAUAUAGGGUCUAUUAUAUGCAUUUAACAUGUUGACUACUGUACAAUGGAUAAGGCCACUUCUGACUUUCAACCUCUAACAAUAAACUCAGGAUUCACUAGGCUGUUAAAUGGGAACCAGCUGUUAGGCCUACAGUAGCUGUAUGGUAAGAGAUACCUGCACUAGGAUUUUAGCUCACUUGUUAGCAUGCUAGCUUUCCAAUCCAAGGUGCUAUCAGUUGUGGUUACAUACAUCUGAAAUGCAGCUCAACAGGUACUGCUGAUGAAUGUGAAGCAUAAAUGUAGAUAUGUAUAUUGAUUCUCAUUCAGUGCUGUUUUAUUGGUUUGCAGUAAAGGCUGUGGUUGUUGUGCAGAGACC